AUGCCACCUAUCUCGCCGUCAUUCCCGAUUGGAGAGCUGCUCUCUCGAAACAUCACGGCAGCGAAUGGCACAAGUCCUGGACUGCGUGUUGUGUGUGCCUGGCCUGUAUCGGGUCAGUACGGGCCAGGUUCAAGAGUCUUAUAUUAUGUUCUUGUUGUGUUGUGUGUUUUCGGUAAGAAGACAGAUUGGAUAAAGAAUGCAUGUCUUGCAGCAGUGCUACUGUUCCCAGCGGUCGCUGCUUUACAUGGCAUCACACUUGCUGCUCUGCAUAACGACAACGCUGUAGACAUGGACAUAUAUGGAGCAUUCCAACUAUGCUCCCUAGGAAUUUUGGCCGCUCCAGCAACCGUGAAGAACUCGCGAACAUACUUUCUCGAUCCCGGUCGAAACAUCAUCUUCCUGUGGACAGGCCUCAUUCUUUCUGGUUUGCUCAGCCUGGCUGUUGAGUUCUUCCGCACAAAGACACGGAUCUGCCAUUCAGAUGUUGCAGGUCCCUUGACCAUCGCAAACCUCAAUCGUGGAAACACUUGUGGUUUGACAUGCAAUGAACAAGACGGCCCGUUCUCGCCGAUGCGUAAAGAUGCCGCAAGCAACAUUUUUGUCAUACCUGCUCCGAGUCGGUUGACCUUUGGGACAGUGACACUUCUCUGUGCUGCUUGCUGCAUUCCGGCUAUUUUGUCGCUCAUCUCCAUGUGGAACAAAAUUCUCGAGAUCAAUUGGAGAUCACGGUCAGGCGCCGAGGCAGAAAAGGAUCCGGAAGAAAGAAGAGUCAAGGACAUCAACAACCUCAUCAAACGAUUCUUGAACGUCAUCGAGGCUCCGUUAUUCGGUGUUGCGGUAGUGGUCAUUCUGAUUCUUGGUGAGAUCAAUCUCUUCAGCCCACAAGUCAGGUACCAGACUGAGCCGAUUCAAAGUAUUGGCCAGUGGGCACCAAUCGUCGGUACCGGAUUGGCCGUUAUGGGGUCUCUGAUUGUCAACAUCACCAAAGCGACAGCCGUUCCCGAGAGUGACUCCGACUCCGUGCAGCCUCCUGAAGGUACUGACACUAAUUCCAUCUCCAUUUUGUCUGGCCAAGGUAGCGUCACACCUAAUAGUGAUGCCCUCAACCACCAAAAGACAAAGUCUACAGAUCUUGUGCCCGUCACAACUCGACGUAGCAUGGCCAGUACCGUUUUGACCGACAGAGGAGGUCGACGGAAAGUUGCCAAGUUCAUGACGACAAUCGCUGAUUAUAUGGGCACUCCUGGUCAUGGUCAAUUCGACAACACCACGUUCAGACGAGACGCCAGUGAUUACCCAAAAGUACCGGGUGAAGAUGAACGCAAUCCAGAGCUCGGAGUCACAGAGAAGCGAUAUAGACCUUUGUCGAGAUCUGCUAGUCGUAGUUCUGACAUCCGGAUGUCAAGUCCCUUUGUGCAAGACCUGCCACAGCGGCGUCCGCGGUCAGAUUCAGAAGGAGCGAGGACCAUUGACAGUCAAGAUCCACCCUCGCCGCUGACAUCUGGACCUUCGGGCAUCACAAACCCGGAGCGUCGAGAUACUCUCGAAGUGCCAAGCGCGGCUCAUAUAUCCCUACGAGAUACUCUAGAGAGGUCUAGAAAUUCGAAUGGUUCGACCGGCUAA